CAGGGGUCACCGGCUGCCGACACGCGCCAUCCAACACGCCUUGAAAUCAGCUGCAGCUUCAGCCUUUUGUCCUCAACCCUGCUCAUCCUCACCCGGGACACACUCGCAACUGCGGCCCAAAAAGUCAACCCCAGCCACAAGCCCUUGACAUCGCACACAUCUCGAUAUCGAACUCUGCACCCGCCUUCAAUUGGCAGACAUCGACCACGCAAUGGAAGUUGAUGCACGCAGCAGAGUCGACAUCCGAGUAAAAGCUGAAAACGAUACCGGGGACGCCAGAAUGGCCGACGACAAGCCCUCGUACCGGUCAUGGAAAAAGAAGUAUCGCAAAAUGCGCAUCAUCUUUGACCAGAAGAUGCACGAGGGCGAGGAGCUCCAUAAGCUGGAGCAACAAGCCCUGGCCACUGCGCGAAGAUUGGCAAUACAGAAUGACCGAUUACUCGAUCUUCUCCUCGACGUGAACAACUCCGCUCAGAUCCCUCCCGAGAAGCGGAUAGACCUAAGCCUAGACCCGCCCCCUGACGACGACGCGCUGCUCCUCGACAUUGACGGGCGCCCCCCCGCGGAACCGGUGCCAGCCAAGUCAUACCAGGAGCUUCUGCGGGAGGUGCCACAUCUGCCCUUUUCCUCGGCAGCCGAGCGCUUCCCGGAGCUGCUGGCGGAGAUAGAAGCAGGGCGGGACUCGCCGGCCGACCCGGCACAAGGGCAGGCCCAUCCACCCUCGUUCCUCACGGCCGACGACAUUGACAACUACAUCUGGGAGAUUGACGUGCGCUCUGCCGGUGCCGGUGCCGGCGACGAGACCUCAUCAAACAACAACACCACCAGCUCCAAACCGGACCUGCUACCCACGUUGGCACCGCUCGCGCACGCCAGCGGCUCGGCCACAAGCGGCAAGGACGCCCAGCGCGACUUUGCGCUCCGCAACCCCACCUCCGUGUACAACUGGCUGCGCAAGCACGCGCCAAAGACCUUUCUGCAGGACGCCGAGCACGACAAGGACAAGGACCACCACAAAGAAGCCAAAGAGGGCAAAGACCACCACCUCCACCCGGACGACCACCCGGCCCCUUCCUCCUCCCGUCGCAGAGCGAUAGCCUCUGGCGGGGCGGCAGCCAGCGAGCGCGCUUCUUCCUCCGCGAAAGGCGGGAGCGGCGCUGCUGGCGGCGGGUCGGCGCGAAGCAAGCGGGUCAGCAAAGCGGCCGCGGCCGCCGCAGCAGCUGCUGCUGAAGGGGCGUAUGAUGAUCUCGACGAUGAGCUACUCGGGUACGCAGGAGGGGUGGCGACACCGAGCACGUUGGGCGGGCCGGCUACCAAGUCGAGUGGAGGAGGAGGGAAACGCAAGCGUGUUGUCGACGACGACCCAGGGUAUCGUCCCAAGGGCGGCUCCUCGCGGCCGGCGAAGAAGAAGAAAAUCAAGGAAAAGGAAAAGGGUGAGGGAGGAGGUGCAGCGGAGGGCACGCCGACGGCGAAGCGGCCGAAGAAGAGCGCCGCCGCACAGCAGUCGGGAGGAGGGGAUAGUGCGGCUGCCGGGGAGGGAAAGGGGUCGGUUGGUGUUUCACUGGGGCAUUGAUGAUGAGGGCUUUUCUCUAUGGGGAGAGGGGGUGCAAGUCUGGUGGUAAUGGCUGAUUUGGCAGCUAUUGAGUUCUCACUGCAGAAAAGGUACUUAAGGCGAGAUGAUGAACGGCGUGUUCUUCAAAAUACACGGCAUCAGGGCGAGGUAAUCGGCAAUGGUGUACCGACGGGUAUCAUAUUUUCUUCUCUCCAGGCCAGCGUAACUUAUUUCUCGCUUCUUCUUGAGCAGCUAGAACCCGAAAAGGCGUGUAUGAUUAUGGUGGCAUUUAGGAAGGCUUUUAGGGAAAUAUACCAACAUAGCGCGGUCAAAGUGAU